UUAAAAGUAGACAUGUUUGUGUGUUUAAGGACAGAUCUCGGGAAUACUCAAAUUGUGUGUAAAGCAGUUUUUGGAAGCUUGCUACUUAAUUUCAAGUGUGUAGGGUUUUAUCUUACAGUUUCAUUUUGCAGGCCCUUCAGUAACGAUACCAAAGAGAAAAAUGUUCAGCGUCUGAUUUCUUCAGAUGGUGGGCUGAAGUAUAAACCAGUUCUAGCUCCACCAGUAGACACGGACAGCAAAACUAUGGAAGAUGUUGAUGAAGCUUUGUGGAUGGCUAUUUGUAAUCUCAGCCACUUAAAAGAUGCAGAUGAGAUGCUGAAAUACUUGGAAUUGAAAGUGAAACGGGAAGGAGACAAGGUGGCAGAAAUUGCAGAUAGAAUGUUUGAUGAACUUACUGCUUCUCUUCAGUCAAGGAAAAGGAAAUUGUAUGCAGAGUUAUUGAUGAAUAUUGACAACUACAGUGCAGAAGUUGCAAAGGCUAAACAGUACAUUGAAGAGAAGAAAAAUUGCUUGAUUGGUGCUGUUAGGAUUGCAAAGGAGUUAAAAAUUACACCUUCUGUAAGAACCUACUGUGAUGUCACUCAGAUUAUUCGUAACCUAAAGUUGACAGUUGAGGAUGAGCUCUCAAGAGUGAAUAGUUUGAAGGAGAAAACAUCUCUGAGUUUUUUCGUGAAUACUGAUGAGAUUACAUCCUUGUUAAAAAAUAUGGGGAAGAUUGAAUGGGGAAAAACAGCUAAUGAGGACAAUGGACAACACACUCUUAGGCCUGAUGACAAAGAAGAAAUACCACCAGGCUGUGAUACUCAUUAUUCUGUAGACAGUACCUUUCCAGCACUUACCAGAGAAAGGAAAAUAAAGGCUCUGGCAAAACUUGAUGUUCACGAAGAAGUGAAAAAUACACGAGUACAAGAGUUACUUACUAUGAUACAUCAUCCGAAUAUUCCUGUUCUGCCCAAGACUCUGUCCAGCCCUGACGUCAUAAUAGAAGAAAUAAUUGAAGAUGACGAGGAAGAACUUCCCGCAGAAUGUCUUGAAGAUGAACAGAGGAAGAAACUCUUCAAGAAGAAAACACCUUUUGAACACAAAGCUGGCUCGACAGAACUCGUGUUUGUAAGCCACGUUAUAAAUCCAUGCCACUUCUAUAUUCGGAGAUACUCACAGAAGAAAGUAGCAGGUUUUUUGGAGAAGAAAUUGAAAAACUUUUGUCGUAGUGUGAGUUCCUAUCUUUCGCCUUCAGAUGUUCUGGAACUAGGUGCUAGAACUUAUAUUAAGAGUAAAGAAACUGGAAUGUGGUGCCGUGGAACUAUCACUGAACUAGUUCCUCUAAACAGUAAAAAUGUGAGGAAGCCUUGUGGUCCAGUAGGAUACAAAGUUUGUGAUAUUGCAGUGAUGGAAGUAUUCCUGAUAGAUUUUGGGAGUUCUGAAAUUCUGAUUUUUUCAAGCAAAAAAUACAUUCCUGUUGAAAGGCCCGAAACUGCUGCUUUGCAGAUUAUUGACACAGAUGAUGUUUGUUUGUAUGUAAGAAAGCCUGAUCAGCAUAUAGAAGCACAACUUGCAGCUAUUCCUCCUUUAGCAGUACUGUGUUCGUUGAAGGAUAUUGUUCCCAAAAAUGCAAGUGAAGGUUGGGGACAGGAAGCAAAGACAGAAUUUUUAAAAAUGGUAAAUAAUAAGGUUGUUUUAAUGAGCAUAUUUAGAGAAGAGGACGGUGUGCUCAUUGUGGAUCUGAAAAAACCUCCAUUUAACGAAAUAAGCAAUAACAUGCCAGUGUCUCUCAAGGAUGCAUUAGUUUUUUUAGACUUGGCAAGGUUUGGAUCACAGCUUCCCAGUGAAUUAGAAAAUAAUGUAAUCUUGCAAUAUAGUCCACCUAAAAUACCACAAGAAACAGAAGAAGUCUCUGUUGCAGUUUGUCAUAUUAAUAGUCCUAGUGAUUUUUAUCUCCAAUUGGUAAGUUUAGAAAGUAGUUCUGUUAAUAUUUCUCUUCCAAAGAAAAUUGAGGAGAUAUACAAACAUAAGGAUAGGGAAAAUUUGGAGAUUGUCUGCCCAGUUGAAGGGCAAGCCUGUAUUGCAAAAUACAAAGAUGGAAUUUGGUGCAGAGCGCAGAUUAUAGGGCUGCCGAGUCUUCAGGAAGUUGUGGUAAAAUAUGUUGACUUUGGCAACAUUGCUAAGAUAAGUCUUAAAGACGUAUGCAAAGUAAAAAAGGAAUUUCUGAGCUUUCCAGAAAAGGCAAUCAGGAGCAAGCUGGCUAACAUUGAGCCUUAUAAAGGAGCAAAUGAAUGGACUAGAGCAGCCAAGGAAAGGUUUGAAGAAAUGACUGAAGAUAAACUUAUGCUAUGUUCAGUUGUUAAAAUUUUAGAAAAUAACUUUUUAUCUGUUGAGCUCUUCGACUCCUCUGCUGUUCCUGGAAGAUGCUGUAGUAUUAACUGUCAGCUAGUUAAAGAAGACCUAGCAUCCUACAUACCUGGAUAUAUUGAAAGUACUGCUAUAGGGCCCAGUGAAAUAUGGGAUGCUCCUCUAGAAGAAGUUCCCGAAACCCUGGAAGACUUAAAUCCUAUAAGCAUGGAACCUCUGGAGGAAGUGGAUUUCAGAUCACUUUCUAAGAAAGAGCUACAAGUGAGAAUUAGUCACGUUGUGUCCCCUAGCAAAAUUUUCAUACGGUGGCUGUCAUCUGAGAGCUUACUGAAAAGUUUACAGGAGAAGAUGGCUACUAUCUAUGAAGAAUCCCAGCCAGAGUCUGUGAAGUGGGAAACCAGUAUGCAUUGUGCUGUUUAUGUACAUGAUUGGAAACAGUGGCAAAGAGGUCAGAUAAGCAGGAUUGUCUCUGAAACAACUGCAGAGGUAAUGUUGUAUGAUUCCGGAGCUGUAAAAACAGUGGAUGUCAGCUGUCUGAGAAAACUUGAGGAAAAUAUGAAGAUAAUGAGGAUGUUAGCAAUAGAAUGUUCCUUGGUAGAUAUAAGACCAACAGGUGGAAGCAUGCAGUGGACAGCAACAGUAUGUGAAUGUGUAUCCUAUUACCUAAGUGGGACACAAGCAAAAAUAAUUAUACAGGAAAGUGAUGUGGCUUGUCCGUUGCCUGUGAAAAUUCUUUGCAAAGAUGAAGCAGGACAAUUUAUUGAUAUUUCAGAACACCUUAUUAAAAAGGGUUUGGCUUUUAGAAACAGAAGAACUGGUAAAGCCGAUGCAGCUGGCUCAAUCCCCAAGGAACAUCUUGAAGUACAUUUAGAACAAGAGAACUCGCAAUUAGAUGGCUGUAAUUCAGAAACUGCUUGUGCACUAAACAGUGCUGCUCCAGAGAAAGACUUCACUGUUUCUGAGAGAGAACAUAAAUCAAAGCAAACUGAGGAACCACUGCUUCAGUCAGGAGUGGAUAAAGUAUAUAAACCUCCUGUUAUACCAGAAAUGAAAAUCUUUCAAGCUGUAGUAAGUUGUGUUGGACACGAUGGAACUAUUUAUGUGAUACCAGUAUCAUUAGCAAAUGAACUAAACAGAUUGAUGACUGAAAUACAGUGCAACUUCAAAUGCCUUGGUCUUCUGGAACCCUACUGCUGGAAAAAAGGAGAGGCUUGUGUUGUAAGAGGGUCAGAUACCAUGUGGUAUCGAGGUAAAGUUACAGAACUUGGUGCUGGUACUCUCCAGGUGCAGUACAUAGACCGUGGUUCCGUUGAGAAGAUCCCCCAGUGUCAUCUGUAUCCAACUGCCUUGUACACCGAUAUUCCUCCAUUUUGCAUACCAUGUCAGCUCUACAAGACAGUACCAAUUGGAAACUUUUGGCAGCAGGAUGCAGUAGAUGUCCUUCAGGAGCUACUUACAGAUGAAGAGGUUGAAAUACAUGUUCAGGAACUACCAGAUAAUCCAUGGGGCAAAUUGUCCAUCAGCCUGUAUAUUGAUGGAAUGUCACUUUCUUCCCUCAUGGCAUACCAAAAGUACUGUCUUGUUGAAGGUUGUCAGGACUUGUCAAAGCUGGAAUUACUUGAAGGAGAUAUUCCUGUUUUGCCUCCAUAUAUGUUGCCAUCACUACCUGUUCCAGGAGAUACCUUUCCUGUCAGAGUUACCCAUCUUGUGUCCCCUAAAGAGGUAUAUAUUCGCCUUGAUCCUUCCGAGAGCCUUAAAAAGCAGUCUGACACGGAGAGAGAUGCCAACAGCAACUCUGCAUUGGAGAGCCUUGAUGAAGCCCUGAAGUGGUGCAAUAAAAAUGUGGAUUCUCUUCCUCCUCUAACAAACUUCAGAACAGAAAUGCCUUGCCUUGUUGAAUACAAUGAUGGUUUAUGGUAUAGAGCGAAGCUCCUUGCUGUUAAAGAAUUUGACCCUGUUAAGGUCCUGAUUCAAUUUGUUGACUAUGGUAAUUUUUCAGUUGUCCCAGCCAGCAGGUUGCGUCAGAUACCUUCUCAUCUGCUGCAUUAUCCUAUUCAGGCAGUACGAGCUCUGUUGGCUGGCUUUAGACCUCUUGUGUAUGAUAAAAACAAGAAAAGAAUUCCUUACUGCCCAGAAUGGAGCAUGGAAGCAUUGUGGGCUAUGAUGGAGUGCGUUGAAGGAAAACAGCUCUCUGCUUCCAUACUUGCUGUUUCACCAGAGGUCACCAUUUCUUUGUAUGAAGAUGAUCAAAACCUAGUUCAUAUGAAACUGAUAGAAAUGGGAUUUGCAGAUUUGGAUGAGUAAUGUGCAUAUUUGGUGACAAACUUCUCCAGUACUGGCAUCUUAAUCAGGAAAAAAAAACAGGGGGGAGGGUUGUUAUCUCUCCCCCCCCACCCCUGCCCACCGAAUGCACUUGUAUUGCUGCUGUGUUUCCUGUUUUCAUUAAUGUUCAGAUUAAUGUUUUGUGUGUCCUUGCACUUCCUCCCCACUCACA